AUGAGUAACCCCUUACAAAUCGUUGAUAUCAGCCUGGUGGAUGCUGCCACCGCAGAAGAGCUCUUGAACGCUGCCACUAGCCAGGGUUUCUUGUUCGUGGAAGGCCACGACUUCGAGCAGAGCGAGGUAGAUCAUCUCUUCGAGUUAUCGAGACAAUUCUUCGAACUUCCCUCGGAAUACAAGCAGCAAUACUCAAGAAGCAACUCCAAUCACGGAUAUGUGGACUACGGUGGCGAAAACUUGGAUCCCACCACUCAAAAGCUGGGCGAUCCCAAGGAGGGCCUCAACUUCUCGGGACUUGAUUUCCUCACUGGUUUGACUGAGGAGGACAUUCCCCAAUGGUUCAAGGAUGUGCCUGAGCGUCACGAGUUGGUGGUUUCGACCAUCAAGAAGAUGUAUCAAUUAUCGAUCAAAAUCUUGAGAAUCCUCGCUAUCGGCUUGAAGAUAGAAGACACCAACGAAACCAAAGGCUCGGAGUGGUUCGCAUCCAAAUACGACCCUUCCAAGGCUUCUGGCUCUACGUUCCGUCUUCUCCACUAUCCAGGCCAAAAGAGCUUGAAUCCAGAGGCCGUCAUAAGGGCUGGUGCACACACAGACUACGGUUCGAUGACCCUCUUGUUCCAAAAAGAACACCAAGAGGGCUUGGAAAUAUACUCGCCUGUCUCAAAGGGCUGGGAAGCCGUACCAUACGUGUCGCCCAACACAGCCAAAUACCCCGGAAAGGCGCCACCCAUUGUGGUGAAUAUUGGUGACCAGCUCAGCUACUGGUCAGCUGGGUUGCUCAGAUCUACAAUCCACCGUGUCAAGUUUCCCAAAGCAGUCCAGGAAACUGGUCAAGAUCGAUUGUCGAUUGUGUUUUUUAGCCAUCCUAACGAUGACGCCUUGUUGACUCCAUUCCCCAGCCCAUUGACCAAGGAUAUUAAGGGUAGAGGAGCGAACAAGGAUACAGUUGCCAUAACUGCGAAGCAGCACUUGGAUAAGAGGUUGGCUGCAACUUACAAAUAG